AUGGAAUUAGACGAACCCAGGGGCAAAAACGAUGGGUCUGUCAAUGGGAUUGGAUAUUUUGAAUGCCCACCAGGCUUUGGAAUUUUCACUCCUAUCUCCAAGGUUAGCAAGUCCUCAUCAAAUGUGAAACCGAAUCAUUGCCAAAUACAUUCUCCAACUGGAGGUUUGCCUCCCAGUGGCAUAAGAAGCGCAACAUCUAGAGGAUCAAUGACCUCUAGUGUGUCGAUGAUGAGCUCGGCUUCCACAGCUCCUAGAAGGGUAAGGCUGGGAGUAACGUCAUUGGCACCCAAGAAAUCACCCACAACACCGACUACCACUACCCGAACAGUAGCAGCUCGAGCAGCCUGGCAGUUACCUGCCACUCGAGCUGCUACUAUUUGGGUAGUGGUAGUCGGUGUUGUGGGUGAUUUCUUGGGUGCCAAUGAAGUUACUACCAGCCUUACCCUGCUAGGACCCGUGGAAGCCGAGCUUAUCAUCGACACACUAGAGGCCAUUGAUUUUCUAGAUGUUGCCCUUCUUAUGCCACUGGGAGGCAAACCCCCAGUGGGAUGA